UGGCAAAUUGUCAGACAAGGAGAAAAGGCUGAAGCUGAGGUAGUAGUGUAGAAUAGAAGAACAGAUAGAUAGACAAACGGGGAAAAUAGAAUAAAAAAGAAAACCACAGGCCACCCUUAGCCCAACCCCCUCAGCCCUUUGAAGCUCAGACAUCGAAGAGCGAAGAACGAAGAAGACAACUGUGGAAAAUAUAAAUAAAAAUUGUCUCUUUUUGCGCGUAAAAACACAAAAUUUUAUGCUCUCCCUCUCUUUCUGGGCGUAUAUAUAAUAUCUCGUUUGAUUUUUGAGAAGAAAAUUCAUUAUCUUGUUAUAUCUGCUGCCGAUGGAUCCCUUUGAUUUGGUCUCUUCAAUCUCAGUCCUCCGCGAAGGUUUUGGCUGAUUGGUGACGAUAUUUGAAGCUUUCUCCUUUCAAAUUUCUUUUCAUGCAUGUAGAGACCCUUUUUUUCUUUUUUUAAUUUGGAAAAGAUCUAGAAACUUGAAGAAUGAACUUUUCGGGAAAAGGGGCUCUUAUUAGUGACAAAAAACUAUCCUCCACGAAGAUAACAACUUUGAAUCCAAAUGCUGCAGAAUUUGUUCCUUCUUCUCUUAGAUCAGUGACUGGAAGCACUAGUACUGCAGAAGCAUCUUCAAAGUUCGCUGCCUCUGCCACUGCAACAUUAGGAAAAUCUGUACUUGAUAGGUCUGAGUCUUCUGUCUCGAAUAACUCAGAUGAAGAGGCCCACCAGUAUUGGCGUCAUCAACUACCUGAUGACAUCACUCCUGACUUUAAGGUUAUGGGGGAGGAUGAUCCUCAAGGAUUCAAUAGCCUAUCAUUAUCAAGUUUGUCACUAACUGAAGUCAAUGAAGCAUCUAGGUUUCCUGCUUCAAUAGGCAGUGGGUUUAUGCUGAAAGAUCAGAAUGAAUUAUCUCCUCAUCGUGUCAAUGGAAAUAGCUUUAAUGAGAAGAUGAGAUUUCCUGUUUCAUCCUAUGGCGAAAAUCUGUCCUCAGGCAGUUUCAAUAGUAUGUCAACUAAACCUUGGGACAAACAUAUUUUUAACAAUGACCAACUUCUUUCGAGUGUUAGGGAGGGAGCUCCGUACAAUGGGAAUUCAAGGCACAGUUUGCUGUCUGACUUGGUGAAUGAGCAGCAGUAUGUGGACAAUGCAGAUCCUCUUGACUUUUUGGCUUCACAAUUCCCUGGUUUUGCUGCUGAAAGUGUUGCAGAGGUUUACUUUGCCAAUGGGGGUGACUUGAACCUGACAAUUGAAAUGCUCACUCAGCUUGAACUUCAAGUGGAUGGUGGUUUGAAUCAAAGUAUAAAUUCAAAAGCUUUGUCAACUCCAAAUCUUAGUGCAAUGGAUUUCCCUGCUCUUUCAACAAUAGAAGGUCAAAAUGGCAUGACAAAGUUUGCUGGUGAUGAUCUCCAACAGAACAUCAGCCCUUAUAGAUCUUCUGAGAAAGACAAUUUACUUUUGUUCAAGUCUGGGUCUUCCUUUCCCUCUAGAGGAGCUAUAGAUUUUGCCGCAGCAGUUAGGAAAAUGACACCUCAAGAUUCUGGCAUAUGGAAGUAUGACAGAAAUGGUUCUGCAGAUGCAAAUGCUGGAUCAAGUAGAGGUUCACAUGUAUUAGCAAGCUCAUACAACACUGGCCAGGUAAGGGGGAUUUACAAUGAUAGGUUACAGAGUCGGGGAUCAGCUCGUGCAGCUCCUAGCUGGCUUGAAACUGGAGAAACAGUUGCAAAUAUGUAUUCUGAAAUGCGGGAGGAAGCUCGUGACCAUGCACGUGUCCGCAAUGCAUACUUUGAACAGAUUCAAGUACAAGACUCUUCUAGACCCUCUCUCUCAAGAAUUUAUCGCUUCCAAUGGGAAACUGUAGUUGCAUCUACUGUAUGGCCUCUCUUCUCCAUCAACUUUUUCCCAGCCCUUGACUGGAGGAACAACCCAAUUUCUUUCAAAAUUGGCAGUGUUCAAGGACUGCUUCUUUACUUUUAAGAUGAAUUAUGUAACUAUAUAAACAUUGGUUUACUGUUUUGAAUUUGAAGACUUUUGUCUGCUUGGUUUCUCAAUACACCUGGUCAGAAGGAUGUUUUGUCACCUUCUAGUUGAGUGAUCUACUAGGUGCUGGCAUGUAUUAACUUUUCCUAUUAAGUUUCUGUCUUUCCGCAAGGGGGACAAACUAAAUAUUUACCAUGAGUUUGCCUUUCGCCGUGAAACCUGACUCGUUGGUCUUUACAUUUUCUAGGAGGUUGAUAUUGUGCUCUUGUUGUACUCUUGUAAACUGACAGCAGUUGGUAGUGUCUCUUUAUGUAAAGGUUAUGUUUUCAUUCUACAUUGCAAGGGGCGAACAAGAAAUGCAAGAAACCCAUUUUGAGAGAAGGAAUCAAAAGGUUUCUAUGCUGUACAUAGUUGUUAGGUAUAGGUUGAUUUAUUACCUAAUCUUACUGUUGGUGAUGCUACAAUGGCUGAAAGGUGAAUAGUGAUAACUGUUCUACAUAUUUGAAGCGUAACAUGCUGAAAUCAAUGUGAACUAUACAUGCAUGAUGGUCUAUAGUGUUGAAGCUUCAUUCGAUCAUUGCUUGCAAGCCUCACCUUUUGAUGACUAAAUGAUAGAAUGAGGGUUGACAUGGUCAAUGGUAUCUUUUGGAAUAUGUCCAGUAUCGUCACUGCUGGCUAACAGUUCAGUUAAUUCUAUUUGAAAGUACGAGUUUUGUUUACCAAAUUGCAGUAUUCUUUGGAGCUAAUUGAUUUCCUUUAUAAUUUCUGUAUGCAC